AUGAUCAUCCCUUCUAUCUCGCUCGUCUUGCUCAUGGCAGCUUGCGGAAUGAUGGCAGCGCCACAUGAGCCAUCCACGCUCCUCAACACGAUGCAAAACCGAGCAGUGAAGAAGAUACCAGCCAAUUUCAAUGCCUCUUGCUCAGAUGUUCGCUUCUUUGAUCCCAGAGACCUCGUGGAUGAGGGCAGCAAGAAGAAGGAUUCGACGCCGUAUCUCGUGGCCAAGUGCGGGGAUGGCAAAGGGGGCGAACGGUGCUCCUGGAUGCCCCUGACCGCGUGUUUCGCAAACGCCGACGGUGCCAUUGUCUACCAAAGAUAUGGUGCAUUCUUCAAAUCCUGCACAGAGUGUAAAUACGAGCACACGGACGGCAAUAUGCGGUGUAUAUGUAGUGGUCCCAAGGGAGCAGUGACCUCAGUCGUCAACUUGAAUAACUUCCUGGACAACCGAGGCGGCCUUCUGGGCUGCCACAGAUUCGGAGGAAACCCUAUUGGAUGUAACGAGCACGAAAUGAUGGCAAUCCGCUUUCAUACUAACCCGGCUAUCAUUCCCGAUGAACCAGACUGGGCGUUCGAAGGCGGUCUCUGA